AUUUCACCUAAAAUUUCCACACCUUCUCUUUUCCUCAUUUCGCCAAUUUUUGUUUCGUCUCUCUCCCCUGGGGCCUGGGGGCUGAACUUGAAAUGUAAUUAUUAAUUACCGUAUAUCGGCAGAAUUGAAUUGUUCCUUUUUGCUUCCUUUUGUUCGACUCAUGUUUGAGUACUCGGUUUCUUGGCAUUACAUUUGAGUCCCUGUUUUGUUAGUUUAUUACAUUUAUUACAUACAUUGGUGAUACCCUGAUCCGUCGAACUUGUUGUAACUUAUCUUAUUAUCGACACCUCUUUCGUGCUCUGCAUCCAACCGAGAUUUGAAUUUGCCUACAUUAGGUACUUUCCAAUCGCGCCACGGCGCGAUUCUGUAGACCUCGUCUAAAUAAAGCAACUUGUCGCGUUUCGCCGUUCGUCGUGCCUUACAUCGAGAACUCUCGACACUGAUACGCUCUUAUCAGCGCCGUCAGCUACACCGACUAGCGAAUUCUUUUCGAGCCUACAUUACUAGAGUAGAAGCAAUACAUUUUGAACAAGUUAAAGCUAAAGCAAAAGCAAAAGCAACUGUUGGUCCGUCGUAUUAGAAAGCACUAUGGCCACGCCUGAGAACGUUGAUCAUAUCGAAGAAGAUCCGCGCAAUCCUUACGCCUCGGCCAAUAAAUGGAGACAUCAAGAGUCGUCCUCCUUCGCUCGCGCUGCACAUGCACGAGAUGCCCAUUCGUCUAGUGGAGACACAAAGGACUUAUCCAACUUCUUCAACUCGGCGCGCGUCGAGGGCGACGGGUCUGCAGCUGGAAGUUAUAAACCGAUUGUUGUUAGUAACGUCGAUGGCGCACACGACGGAGGAAUCGUCGACGACGGGAAAGAGGUGGUGUGUGGACCUCUACUGAAUUACCGACGUAUGGAAGGCAGGGCGUGGUACGGAAGCGUUUUGAUUGUUAUCAAAGGUGGUGGCAAGACCCAGGCCUUUCAGCCUGUCUUAAGCCUCAGUCGUGUGGAGACGGCCACCGGGCAAUCAGGUUUACUUCACCCGGAAUCCAGUGUCAACGGUUCCGAGGCGCUAGGGACGAGCAGUUCCGGUGCUGUUCGGAAUGGCGCUGACAUAUCAGGUAUCUGUCUCUAUUCUGAUCCCAGGAACACGUUUUGGCAAUUCCCUAUUGCUUGUGAAAUCGGCGAUAACGAGACGAAAUGGGCGUACUCGAUUGCCGAUGUGCGUUACAAAAGCGCUACGAAGCCAAAGACGAAUUACUUCUUCGUUCCAGCCAUCGACGAGUCGAUGCGAAUCAUGUUCCAUUCGUGCAAUGGCUUCAGCGUGGGCACGGACGAAGAUGCCUGGAGCGGACCGGCGCUAUGGAAUGAUGUAGUGAGAAACCAUGCUAAAGCUCCAUUCCACGUAAUGAUAGGAGGUGGCGACCAAAUCUAUAACGAUGGUAUUCGAGUAAGCGGGCCUCUUCGUGAAUGGACCGAUAUAGGGAACCCGAAGAAACGACGCGACUUCCCUUUCUCAGAAAGCUUGCGAGCAGCUUGUGAUGAUUAUUACCUGAAUAAUUAUAUUCGGUGGUAUUCAACGGAACCGUUUGCCACUGCCAACGGACAAAUACCGCAGCUAAACAUUUGGGACGAUCAUGAUAUCAUUGACGGUUUUGGAUCCUAUGUUAACGAGUUCAUGAAGUGCGAUGUGUUCCGAGGCAUCGGUGGCACUGCUCACAAAUAUUAUAUGCUUUUCCAGCAUCACCUAGCACCACCUCCUUCGACAUACACGUCGGAUGUUCCCGCAACCCAAGAGCAUGGAUUGCAGCAACACGAUCCGACGCAGCUUGUGGAUACGUUUGUGAGAGAGCAAUCAUUUGACUCGUCCUAUAUCAUCGGCAGCAGUCCCGGACCAUACGUUGCCCAGCACUCGAUGAACAUGUUCUCCAAGCUCGGUGCCAGAAUCGCGUUCCUAGGCAUUGACGCUCGCAUCGAACGUACACGACACCAGGUUAACUAUCCUGAGACGUACGACCUCAUUUUUGGUCGGGUGAGGGACGAACUAGGAGCAGCGGCAGCAGCUGGUAGACCUUUUAGGCAUUUAAUUUUGUUGCUAGGUAUUCCGAUUGCGUAUCCGCGACUCACUUGGCUGGAAAACGUGUUCAGCAGCCCCCUUAUUGCGCCUGUUAAAUUCUUGAACCGAAGAUUCGGAUUCGGUAAGUACUGCCUUGAUUUGUCUAACUGUCGCGGUUAUUCAUGAUUACCAUAGGUGGCGGCGUGUUUAAUCACUU